CGACGAUUCCCAACGACGACCUCCUCUCUCCCCCCCCCUCAACUUCCAUUGGAAAUCAACCUUUCUAUCCUCUCUUCCGCUCCCCCGAAGCUCCUUAUUCUCCUUCGUCGGGUUCCCCAAUUCACAAACUAUCAAUCUAUAAUCAUCAUCAAUCACUUCUCUAUUUCUUGCGGUACCCUUCUUGUCCCCCGUCGAAGCUUCAAAUUCCCCCCCUUACGUUGGUUGUAAUCAUACCCAUUCUUCACACAAACAAGCUAUUCGUACAGUUCCUGCAAUUUACGAAACUCGAACCACCACUACAAAUACAAACCUACGCCGUGGAUCUUACAUUCACGACCUAUCCAACAAUCAAACCUCGACCCCGAUUACCACCACCCUACUUCACCAUAAUAGUCUUCGGACGUUAAAUACCCACCCGCCAUGCGUCCCGAAAUCGAGCAGGAGCUCGCCCACACGCUCCUCGUUGAACUGCUGGCCUACCAAUUCGCGUCGCCCGUGCGCUGGAUCGAGACGCAAGAUGUCAUUCUCGCCGACAAGUUGACCGAGAGGAUUGUCGAGAUCGGUCCCGCAGAUACCCUAGGUGUGAUGGCGAAGAGGACGCUCGCAUCCAAGUACCAGGCUCACGAUGCUGCGAAGUCUGUGCAGAGACAGAUUCUCUGCUAUAACAAGGACGCGAAGGAGAUCUACUACGAUGUUGACCCUGUGGAGGAGGAGCCAGAGGCAGCUGCAUCGAGCGAUGCUCCGGCUGCUGCGGCCCCUGCUGCUGGCGCCGCCCCUGCCGCGUUUGCUGCACCUGCUGCAAGCGCAGGACCAGCGGCACAAGUACCAGAUGCCCCAGUUGGCGCCCUGGAGAUUGUCAGGUCUCUUAUCGCACAGAAGCUGAAGAAGCCGUUUACUGAGGUUCCGUUGAGCAAGGCUAUCAAGGAUCUUGUUGGAGGCAAAUCGACUCUCCAAAACGAAAUAUUAGGUGACUUGGGCAAGGAGUUUGGCUCGACUCCCGAGAAGCCGGAAGAUAUCCCCUUGGACGAACUUGGAGCAUCCAUGCAGGCUACAUUCAACGGCCAACUUGGAAAACAAUCAUUAUCUCUUAUCGCCAGGUUAAUCUCCUCGAAGAUGCCUGGUGGCUUCAAUAUCACAUCCGCGAGGAAAUACCUCGAGACGAGGUGGGGUCUCGGUCCUGGGCGCCAGGACGGUGUCCUCCUGCUGGCGCUUACUAUGGAGCCCCCGGCACGUCUCGGGGCCGAGGCCGACGCGAAAGCGUUCCUCGACGAGGUAUCAAAUAAAUAUGCGACAAAUGCUGGGAUCAGCCUUUCCGCACCUGUCGCUGCUGCGGGCGGUGGUGGUGGCGGCGGAAUGAUGAUGGACCCAGCUGCGAUUGACGCACUCACCAAGGACCAGCGCGCGCUGUUCAAGCAACAACUUGAGCUGUACGCGAGGUACCUGAAGAUCGAUUUACGGGCGGGCGACAAGUCGUUUGUUAGCGCUCAGAAGUCGGAGGCUGCUCUGCAGUCGCAGCUCGACUUGUGGAAUGUGGAGCACGGAGAGGCAUACGCGGCUGGUAUUGAGCCCGUCUUCACAUCGCUGAAGGCUAGAGUCUACGAUUCAUCGUGGAAUUGGGCUCGUCAAGAUGCGCUUCUCAUGUUCUACGAUAUCAUUUUCGGCCGCCUGAAGGCUGUCGAUCGUGAGAUUGUUAGCCAGUGUAUCAGAAUCAUGAACCGUGCGAACCCAACUCUCAUCGACUUCAUGCAGUAUCACAUUGAUCACUGCCCAGCAGAACGUGGAGAGACCUACCAGCUCGCAAAGGAGCUCGGCCAGCAGCUUAUUGAGAACUGCAAGGAUGUUCUCAACACGCCGCCUAUGUACAAGGACGUCUCCGUCCCCACCGGUCCCCACACUACCGUGGACGCCCGUGGCAAUCUCGAAUACAGCGAGAUCCCAAGAACGAGCGUGCGCAAGCUGGAGCACUACGUCAAGGACAUGGCUGAUGGAGGAAAGAUCUCCGAGUACGGAAACCGAACCAAGGUCCAGCACGAUCUUGGUAAGAUCUACAGGCUCAUCAAGCAGCAGAACAAGAUGUCUAAGGAGUCUCAACUUCAGAUCAAGACUUUGUACAGCGAUGUCAUCCGUUCGCUGGCCAUGAGCGAGGGUCAAAUCAUGCCUAAGGAGACCAAGGGCACUGCCAGCGGCAUCAAGAAGCCUGCCGUUAAGCAAGGAAAGGUCGAGACCAUCCCAUUCUUGCACUUGAAGAGAAAGGAUGAGCAUGGAUGGGAGUACAGCAAGAAGCUUACCGGUCUUUACAUCAAUGGCCUCGAGGAUGCCGCAAAGAACGGUCUCUCAUUCCAAGGAAAGAAUGCGCUUAUGACUGGUGCGGGUGCUGGCUCCAUUGGUGCUGAGGUCCUCCAGGGCUUCAUCAGCGGUGGUGGUAAGGUCGUUGUGACGACCAGCCGCUUCUCCCGUGAGGUUACCGAGUACUACCAGGCCAUGUACGCUCGCUACGGAUCCAGGGGCUCCCAGCUCAUCGUUGUUCCCUUCAACCAGGGAAGCAAGCAGGAUGUUGACGCUCUGGUUGACUACAUCUACAACCCCAAGGAUGGUCUUGGAUGGGAUCUUGACUUCGUCAUUCCCUUCGCCGCUAUCCCAGAGAACGGACGUGAGAUCGACAGCAUCGACUCUAAGUCCGAGCUUGCUCACCGUAUCAUGCUUACCAACGUGCUCCGUCUCCUUGGUGCCGUCAAGAAGGAGAAGGCCGACCGCGGAUACGAGACUCGCCCGGCACAGGUUAUCCUGCCUUUGUCGCCCAACCACGGUACCUUCGGUAACGAUGGUCUGUACUCUGAGUCCAAGCUUGGUCUCGAGACCCUGUUCAACCGCUGGCACUCCGAGAACUGGGGUAACUUCCUCACCAUCUGCGGUGCAGUCAUCGGAUGGACCCGUGGCACUGGCCUUAUGGGUGCUAACAACAUCACUGCUGAGGGCGUUGAGGCUUACGGUGUCCGCACUUUCUCCCAGACUGAGAUGGCCUUCAACCUGUUGGGUCUCUUGACUCCUCCUAUGGUCGACCUUUGCCAGUCUGAGCCUGUCUUCGCCGAUCUUAACGGUGGACUCCAGUUCAUCCCACGUCUCAAGGACGUCAUGACCAACCUCCGCAAGGAUAUCAUGGAUACCAGCGAGGUUCGCCGUGCUGUCACCAAGGAGACUGCUCUUGAGAACAAGAUCGUCAACGGUGAGCAGAGCGAGGCCCUCUACCAGAAGGUCACCAUUGAGCCCCGCGCCAACAUCAAGUUCGAUUUCCCCAACCUCCCAGACUGGGAGAAGGAUAUCAAGCCUCUCAACGAGAACCUUAAGGGCAUGGUCGACCUCGAGAAGGUUGUCGUUGUCACUGGUUUCGCUGAGGUUGGUCCUUGGGGUAACUCGAGGACUCGCUGGGAGAUGGAGGCUUACGGCCAGUUCUCCCUCGAGGGUUGCAUUGAGAUGGCCUGGAUUAUGGGUCUGAUCAAGAACCACAACGGCAUGAUCAAGGGCAAGCAGUACGCCGGAUGGGUUGAUGCCAAGACUGGCGAGCCAGUUGAUGAUAAGGAUGUCAAGCCAAAGUACGAGGCGCACAUCCUUGAGCACGCUGGUAUCCGUCUCAUCGAGCCAGAGAUGUUCGACGGGUACGACCCCAACAAGAAGGAGCUCCUCCAGGAGGUUGUCAUUGAGGAGGAUCUUGAGCCAUUUGAGACUUCCAAGGAGAAUGCGAAUGAGUUCAAGCUCAAGCAUGAGGACAAGGUUGAGAUCUUCGAGAUCAAGGAGUCUGGCGAGUACACUGUCCGCCUAAAGAAGGGCGCCAGCCUGUUGGUUCCUAAGGCUCUCCGCUUCGACCGCAUCGUUGCUGGUCAGAUCCCACUUGGCUGGGACGCUACCAAGUACGGUAUCCCAGAUGAUAUCGUCGCACAGGUUAACCCAGUUACUCUUUGGGUUCUUGUUUGCACGGUCGAGUCUCUCCUCGCGUCCGGUAUCACCGACCCAUACGAGUUCUACAAGUACGUCCAUAUCUCCGAGGUCGGUAACUGUAUCGGUUCCGGUAUUGGUGGUGCGACUGCUCUCAGAGGCAUGUAUAAGGAUCGCUACUUGGACCUGCCGAUCCAGAAGGAUAUUCUCCAGGAGUCUUUCAUCAACACCAUGAGCGCCUGGGUUAACAUGUUGAUCCUCUCGUCCACCGGACCAAUCAAGACCCCAUCCGGAGCCUGCGCCACCGCCGUCGAGUCUCUCGACAUCGGUUACGAGACCAUCAUCGAAGGCAAGGCCCGCGUCUGCUUCGUCGGUGGCUUCGACGACUUCACCGAGGAAGGCUCCUACGAGUUCGCCAACAUGAAGGCGACCAGCAACGGCGUCGACGAGCUCGCCCACGGCCGCACCCCCGCCGAGAUGUCCCGCCCCGCAACCACCACCCGAAACGGCUUCAUGGAGUCCCAGGGUGCCGGUAUGCAGCUCAUCAUGACCGCCAAGCUGGCCCUCGAGAUGGGCGUCCCCAUCUACGGUAUCCUCGGCAUGACCGCCACCGCCACCGACAAGAUCGGUCGCUCCAUUCCCGCUCCAGGCCAAGGUGUCCUCACCACCGCCCGCGAGACCGCCGGCGCCUUCCCAUCCCCGCUCCUCGAUAUCAAGUACCGUAGACGCCAGAUCGAGCUCCGCAAGAAGCAGAUCGUGCAAUGGCAGGAGUCCGAGCUCGAGUACCUCCACGAGGAGGUCGCGGCCAUGAAGGCGCAGGCCACCGGCGAAUUCGACGAGGUCGUCUACACAAGCGAGCGCACUGAGCACAUCGAGCGCGAAGCUGCCCGCCAAGUCCGCGACGUCCUCGACCAGCUCGGUAACAGCUUCUGGAAGAAGGACCCUACUAUCGCACCUAUCCGCGGUGCCCUCGCCACUUGGGGUCUCACCAUCGAUGAUCUCGACGUCGCCUCCUUCCACGGAACCUCGACUGUCGCGAACGACAAGAACGAGUCCAAGACUAUCUGCCAGCAGCUCGAGCAUCUCGGCCGCAAGAAGGGUAAUGCCCUCCUCGGUAUCUUCCAGAAGUUCCUUACUGGUCACCCCAAGGGCGCUGCUGGUGGCUGGAUGAUGAACGGUGCUCUUCAAGUCCUGAACACCGGUCUUGUCCCCGGUAACCGCAAUGCGGAUAACAUCGAUCAGGUCAUGGAGCAAUUCGACUUCAUCGUCUACCCAUCCAAGAGCAUCCAAACCGACGGCAUCAAGGCUUUCUCCGUGACAUCCUUCGGGUUCGGACAGAAGGGCGCGCAGGCUAUUGGUAUCCAUCCUAAAUACCUCUUCGCCACCCUCGACGAGGAGACCUUCGCUGCGUACCGCGGCAAGCUCGAGGCGAGACAGAAGAAGGCGUAUAGGUACUUCCACAACGGACUUAUCAACAACUCCAUCUUCGUCGCUAAGACGCACGCACCGUACACGGAUGAGCAGAUGCCUGAUGUCUUCCUCAACCCCAACGCUCGCGUGUCGGUGGAUAAGAAGACAGCUGGUUUGACUUACUCCCCCAACUUCGCCGCGGAAGCCGUAGCAGCCUCCCGCGCCGCAAGGGCCGCCGCCAAGCCCACCUCCACCGGGUCGAGCAAAGAAGCAACUAAGGCCGUUGUCGAGAAACUCGCUAAGAGCACAGCUGCCGCUGGCACUAAAGUCGGUGUCGACGUCGAGGAUGUAUCAGCUAUCAACAUCGAUAACGCGACCUUCGUGGAACGCAAUUUCACCGCUGAAGAGGCGCGCUACUGUCGUGCUGCCGCUGAUCCGCAGGCUAGUUUCGCGGGGAGGUGGUCAGCGAAGGAGGCGGUGUUUAAGAGUUUGGGGGUCCCCAGCCGCGGAGGGGGGGCGGAGUUGAAGAGUAUUGAGGUUUUGGCGGGGGAAGGGGGGGUUUUGGUUGUUCAUUUACAUGGUGAUGCAGCUGCGGCAGCUAAGCAGGCGGGUGUUAGGGAGGUGAGUGUGUCGAUCUCGCAUUCGGCUAGUCAGGCUGUUGCGAUUGCGGUGUCGACUUUUUAAGUCUACUGCCGUAUCGGGGUCUGUGUGGGGUGUGGCGUGUGGGGGGUGUAUAUAUAAGAUAUAAGAUCUAGACUGUCUGGUGGAUUCGGUUUUCCGUGUGUGUGGAUAAGAUGGAUAGAAGGGGGACCGAUGGGAGGGUCGGUGUAAUCACGAGAUUGGGAAACGGGGGAGAGGUAUAUUAUUAUAGUAGUGUAGGGAUAGAAUGGAUGGGU